AUGCCCAAUGUGCUGCUUAUUGCAAGAGGUUUAGAACUAUCAGCAGAGGCCCUGAGGAUGAUAGUGGGGAACAACACGAACGAUGACAUCCCAGUAAAAGAUAUCAAUGUAGCGUCUGCCAACAUCUUUACAGGGAUGACAAUCCUCUUGGAGGCUUCAGCGACCUCAGCUUGGACUGCUGAGUCCGAUUUGCAAGAUGAAGAGGCAAUUGAAGUUAACAAUGGAACAGCCAGUGCUGCCUUUAAGGGAAUCAGCAACAUCCUUCACAUGUACUACACCCUGUUGCCAGACAAUGGGUCUGCCACACUGGAGAUGUCAGUGUUGCAUGCCAAGGUCCAUAAGGAAGUUUGUGAAAUUGCCCAGAAAAAGGUGUUCACAGUCAACGACACCUUGUUUGUGGUUCCAGCAUUCAACACACUUCUUGCCAAUGGUUGUGAGGAGGCAGAUAGCUUUGGAGUGGGGGUCAUCAACUCCGACUUCAAUCCUUUCCGUUACUCGGAAAACUCCCCUGAUGUGGGGUCGGAGGUGGUGGGCCUUACCGUGUGGAGGGGACGAGACAGACAGCCAGUGCACCACCUCCCCAAACCUGUGGACAUGAUCAUCCCCAGGGACAAACAACGCAACACAUCAAGUGGUGUGUACAAGCACACAGGCUGGAUUAAAAGCUGGGACGACAUCACUGUUGUCCCCUUCCGUCCCCAGAGGGCCAGGACUGCUCUCAUCAUUAUACUCAGCAUCUCCAGCACCAGCCACCCAGACCUGGACAUGCCACACAUGCAGCUGGUGUGGCAGAAGGCGUCGGCACCGACUGCAGACAGCUUCAAAGCUGCCGACUGGACGACUGUGCUGCCUGUGCCGCAGGCUCAGCAGUAUACACUACAGCUGCCGUACACUCACAACAAUACAAACCUGACGUCCCACCCUUACUCAUGGCUUCUGCCUUCUGAAGCUCUGAACGUUUCGAAGUUGGACAUACAAGACAAUAUGACUUUCUACUUAGCCAAUGCUUGUAAUGUGACAAAAUGA